AUGAAUGAAGUCGAACCAAGUCAGACAUUAUUAAAUAUAACUUCUUCUUUAGACGAUAUUAUAGAAUCAGGCUUAGAAAAUUAUACAGACAAUGUAUUAUCAAGUUCUCCUGAAUUAAGCCCUGCAAUAGAUUCAUUUGAGGAUUUUGAAAGGGAGCAUGUUGGUCAUGAGGCACAACAUGGAACAAUGGCAUUAAUAUUAUUGUGUUCAUUAAUAUUAGAGAUUUUUUAUGAAGGAGCAGAAAUAUUUGAAUUGGGAAUUAUAUUAUUAGGUUAUGGAUUAUAUUUUGGUGUCUUAAGUAGAGAUUUUGUUGAAAUUUGUACGGAUAGAAUGGCAUCAACUCUUGGUUAUUAUAGUAAAGAUGGUUUUCCUCGUAAACACUUGAGAGCUAAUAUUUGCGCAAUUUGUGGUGUCGCUGCAACAGGAAUUGGUGAAAAAGGUGAACAAGCACCUGCAAAUCAAAAAAUAUUUAAAUUAAGUUGUCGUCAUGUAUUUCACGAUGAUUGUAUAAGAGGAUGGUGCCUUAUAGGAAAAAAAGAUAUUUGUCCAUAUUGUAAAGAAAAAGUUGAUUUGAAAGAAUUUAAGACUAAUCCUUGGGAUACACAGCAACAACUUUAUCUAAGUUUACUUGACGGUGUUCGUUAUCUAAUUGUUUGGCAACCUGUAAUUUUUGCAAUUGUACAUCUGACAUAUCACGUAUUUGGAUUAGAAUAA